AUGCCCGGUUUUGGGGUGGCACAGCACGUGCCUCUCAGCAUGCAGUACUGGGUUGUCGCUCCACAAAUCGUAACCAGUGAAGCUCAUGAGCCAGCUGACCUUCUUCCAGAACGGCAGCUGAGUGUCCCAGAUGUGUUGUGUCCAGCAGGGUCCCACAUGUCACCAAAAAGCAAUAAAUGUGAAGAAUGUGAGGAUGGAGUGGACUUUACGAGCUAUCCUAACAGGCUCUUAUCAUGUUUCUCCUGUAAAACGUGUGACACAGAUCAAAAUGAAAAAUACCCCUGCAACAGAACUAUGAACACAGUGUGCUCCUGUAAGGACGGCACUUUCCGGACAGAAGGGAAGCCUGAAGCCUGCCAAAAAUGCCAGACUGAAUGCCCGGCUGGGAAGGUGAUGGUGAGUCGGUGUACCCCCUGGAGUGACCUCAAGUGUGUGGACCAAGAGUCAGGUACCAAGGCUACUGAGCAGGCCCCAGCUCCUGGAAGGCCAGUGACCAGCAGUCCAAGGACUCUUGCCUCUCCUUGUCCUUCCAUAGACUCGCCACACUCCACUGCGAGCUACAUCUGUGCUGGCAUCUUCGGAGUUCUGGCUGUGUGUGUGAUUCUGGCUAUUUGGAAGUAUGGACGGCAGGCAAGGGUUCUCUGCACUGAGGCUCUUGUUCGGCGCCUGAAGUCCACUUCCACCAGGGAGAGGUUGUCAUAUGAAGACCCUACUGCCUCUUCUUCAGGCUGUGGACAGGACCCUGAGCAGGGCAGUGGAGGCCCCAUCAACCUCUCAGGGACCCAGAGAAGGUCUGAAUCUCAGGACAAUGACCACAACGAGGACCUCAACAGGCGAGCCUUACAGUCUUCCUUGGCCUCAAAGCACGAAACAGGUGCAGCCGGAGUCAGCAAGCAGUCUCCAGAGGAGACACACUGCUUGUUGGGACCUGCAGAAGCCGAGAGGUCUCCCGUGAGAAGGAAGCUGAUCCCAGCGAGCGGCAUAGACCCCAUCCAGGCGCUAAGGAAAAUUUUCGAUCAAAUUAAGGACUUGAACCACAACUCCUGGGUCCCAUUCAUGCGGGAGCUGGGCCUCCCAGACAAUGAAAGAUACUUAAUUACAAGCAGGAACAAAAUUGAUCCACUUUAUGAAAUGCUCCAGAAAUGGCUCAGCGAAAACGGACGCCAAGCAUCCAUCAACGCUCUGCUGGAUGCCUUGAAAGAAGUGGGAGAAAACUUGCUUAGAGAAGAUACCGAAAAAUAUGCAGUGGACUCCGGGUAUUUCAUCUAUGACGAGUGUAAAAUGGACUCUGCUGUGUCAUCGCAGUGAAGGAAUGUUUGUAGGCUAUAUCGUUAUGUGACUGUCAGUGCUACUUGAAUAGGUUCAAAAUGCAUGGUAGAAUUCUAAUGCAGAUGCAGGAGUGUCUAGAGAUGAUUGACAGGUGGACCAAUAAACUGAGGAAUGUCUCAGAAAAUCCAAUCCAGAUGUGAAUGAUAGCCUGAGUGGAAUAGAAAAUGCAAAAUGAGAGAAGGCAAUGUAAUAAUACUGCAUUGGGUAGCAUGAUUCCGAGCUUCUUACAUUGAUUACUGAAGUGGACGUAUCAUUCACGGAGUGAGAGGUCCUGAGAAGAGCACUCUCCCUUCCCUGUCAAGGUUCCAAUCUCACUUAUAACUCUGCUAUGGCCUCAGGGAGCAAGAGUGAUGGCGUCUAUGAAUGGGACACAUUUCCCAACCUUGAACCAGAUGGUCCCUCUCACUUCUGGGGCAGCUAAGCCCCUAGAGGUGCAUAUUCUUUGAGGACCACAGCAUUUGGUAAGCAUCUGACUACUUUAUAUAGAAAUUCUAAUUCCUAAACACUGAUGAUGAGGCAGAAUAGCUGACACAUUUGGGUUUUGGACUGUGAGGCUUUCUUUUCAACUCUUUUUUAUUAUAUUUUUUGGUUCAGUUUAUUUAUUAUCGUUAUUAUU